CAAACGUGGUUGGUGGCAUCAUGGUGGACGGGAAGUUGGUUCGCGUGUGUGAAGAAAACCCCAACCUGGUAGCCUUUGUGACCUACGGAGCCGGUCGGGAGGUCUGUAAGAAUGCCCUAGUCUUGAUAGCGGGGCUUACGGAGGGAUUUCUGGCGCUAGCGUACACGGAGGCCCUCUCGCGAGCGCUCCUCGGGGAGGACUACAGUGUUGUGAUGGUGAACCUGUCCAGCUCGUGGUCUCAGUUCGGAUUCAAGAGUCUGUCGACAGACUGCAGAGAAUUGGAGAAGCACGUGAGCUUCCUCAAGACGCGCUUCGGGUUCGGCAAAAUCGUGCUGCUCGGCCAUUCCACCGGGGCUCAAGAUGUAGUCUAUUUCUUACGCCACGGAAAACCAGCCACCACGUCCCUAGUCAACGCCGUUAUUCUCCACAGCGGUGUCAGCGAUAGGGAGUUUAUGGCGACGGAACAAUACGUUUCACCAAUGAAAGAAGAGGCUGAGAGGUUGAAAUCGGAUGGAAAAGGAGAGGGCCUACUCUCCAACAGGCUGUUUGGAGCUCCUAUCACUGCCAAUAGGUUACUUAGUUUGUCAGGAAGGCUAACGGAAGAUGACAUGUUUUCUACUGACUUGACUGAAGAAGAACUCAAUCCCAUACUAAAAUCUGUCAAAAUCCCAAUCCAACUCUGCUUUUCGGAAAACGAUGAGGCCGUUCCAGAUAUUUCUGCCCAGAAAAAAUUUGCAGAGAGGAUGGUUACAAUCUUGAAAAAAUAUUCAAGUCACGUGGAGUGCAAUUAUUUUGCGGGGAACCAUGGGCUAUCAAAGCCCGAUCUCUAUGAACCUUUUGUUGAAUGUGUUGUGAGGUUUAUAUCUACCCUUUAGUGGUGGAGCUACAUGUGGUACUAACUGUGGACUAUGAUUUUCUAGCUACACCUGUUAGUUUACUCAGCUUGAUGUGUAUGAACUUGUUACGAAACAGUGAAA